AAAAAAAAAAUGAAAAGGCACACAUGUAAAGAACAGGAAGAAGAUCACAUGUUAUAAUAAUCCCCUUUGCAGCCAGAGAGGACCAGAGAGGAGGACUGCCCAGCUAGGACUGGGAGAUGCGCUGGAGGCUGAGAGGGAGGCAGAGACAGAACUUGUCGAUAACUCCGCAGCCCCCGCGAAGGAAGGAGCCCCCGGCCCGAAUCUCGCUGUAGCGGGAGGGAGAAAGGAUCCUGCGAUCGCCCCCCUUGCCCCCGUCUCGCCGGGCGCUGGGCAUGGCAGCGCAGCCCGUGCCCGUCGCCGGGAGCCGCCGCUGAGCGCGGGCAGCAGGAGCGGCAGAGCCGAGCUGGCCUGGGGUUUGUUUUUCGCUCUGAUCCCCUGGCGCUCGCUGUGUGAAGCAAAUCCCUUGGAGGUGGGGGAGAAGUGGCUUCCGUGACAGCGGGGGGAGGAGGGAAAUCGAAUUAGAAUAAACCAAAAUAAAAAGAGAGAAGAGCCGAGAAAGCACUUGCUUCUCAUCAUCUCUUCUUAUGACCCUCUGCUGCGGGGAGCAAAGGGAAAGAAGGUGCGGGGGCAGCUGCAACAAAGCGGGGUUCAGGCUGCCCGCACCCCGGCGCUAUCCCGGGUGCCCAGGGGAAAGCCAGGCACAGCCAGAACGAAGCUCCAGCAAAAGCGAGGAGCAGAAAGGAAAGUUCGGAAAUAGCAUCCGACCAAGCCGCGAAGGACGGGAGCGGACGGAGCUGUACGCGUCGCAUCAGUUCUCGAUGGUGCAUCCGAGGGGCUGCGUCAGGGCUGUGACCCUCCCUGGUUUGCUACAUGGAGAGGAGUAAAGACAGAAAAUCCGUGUUAUUUAUUUAUUUAUUGGAAGCAAUGUACGGGUGACACCCAGAAGGCAUCCCUGGGAAAAAAAAAAAAACCAAACAACCCAACAACCAGAACCCACCUCUGGACCCAGAUGAGAGCAAAAAGAAUGAGAGAACAGCCUUGACCCCUACCCUGAGAGGAAGGUGAGCAGGAAGGAAAAAAGAAAAUCCAGAAAAGCCAUGCAAACUCCAAACCUGUAGAUUACUGCAGCUCUUUUUUUGCUUCACUGAGGACAGAUAUUUUACUGACAGCCAUGCAGCAUAAAGGCAUCAUGCUGAUUGUGUUCUUGGAAUAUUUUAUUUCUGGCCAUGGGGAAGCAGAUCCCAUGAGGCUACGAGCCUUUCGCUGUAGUGGCCGUUCUUGCAACCCUCCCGUGGGAAACCUUGCAACAGGGAGGACGCCAGUCACUCUCACCACAUGUGGCCAGAACAGUACAGAGCUGUACUGUUUCUACCCAGACCAGAAUCUGCUCCAUCAGGUCUCCCAUGGCUGUGGGCAGCCUCGCUGCACCAAAUGCAAUGCCAACCAGCCUGAUAACUCCCAUCUUCCUGCUGACAUGACAGAUGAUUUCUUUGCAAACCCCAUCUCCUGGUGGCAGUCUGCCCAAGGGGUACACAGAGAAGAAAUCAGACUGGACUUUGAAACAGAAUUCUACCUGACUCAUGUCAUUGCUGUAUUCAAGUCACCUCGUCCGGCUGCAAUGGUGUUAGAAAGAUCCCAGGACUACGGGAAGACUUGGAGGCCCUAUAAGUAUUUCUCUGUCAACUGUACAGCAACUUUUGGGCUCCAGGAUGAUCUCAUUGAGGAGGGCUCCAUGUGCACUUCCAGAUAUUCAGAUGCAAUGCCCUGCACCAGAGGAGAGGUGAUUUAUCGUGCCUUAAGUCCGGCUAACAAGAUUGAAGACCCAUACAGUCUUGAGGCUCAGGAUCUCCUGAAACUCACCAACCUUCGCCUCCUUUUGUUAAAAAGACAGGACUGUCCGUGCCAUGGUUCAGGAUUGGUAGAGAAACCUCAGAGAUUUGCUCACUAUGCUAUUUAUGACCUGAUCAUCCGAGGAAGCUGCUUUUGCAAUGGGCAUGCAGAGGAAUGUGAGGUUGCGAAUAGGACAGGAGUCACGGAGAACGUGGUCCAUGGGAAGUGUGUGUGUAGGCACAAUACAGCAGGGGACCACUGUGAGAAAUGUGCACCGCUAUACAAUGAUCAGCCUUGGAAGCCAGGAGAUGGAAAGACAGGGGCACCAAAUGAAUGCAAAAAGUGUCGCUGUCACAACCAUGCUGACAGCUGCCACUUCGAUCUGAGUGUUUGGCUGGCAUCAGGAAAGCGCAGCGGUGGAGUCUGCGACAACUGCAAGCAUAACACAGAGGGACAUCGGUGUCAAAGAUGCAAACCGGGAUACUACCGAGAUAGAGGGAAACCCAUGUCUUCUCCAGAGGUCUGCAAACCUUGUGCCUGCCAGCCAAUGGGCUCAGUCAACGCAACUUUCAGCAGAAGCUGGCGAUGCCAUCCCAAGACAGGAUUCUGCUACUGCAAGCCAGGAGUGGCAGGCCCCUACUGUGAUAGAUGUCUCAUGGGUUACUGGGAUUUUGGAGAAAAUGGCUGUCGCCCUUGUGACUGUGCCAGAGACUGCGACCAGCAUACUGGAAACUGCUUCGAUGGCUAUGACAACGAGCCAUUCUUUAAUAUCCCCAUUGGGGGACGAAUCCCUGACCUUGUGCAAACACCAACCAAUGAGAGUGAAGAGGAAUGGAAAUGGAAUGACCAUGAGCAGGGGUUUUCCGCGCUCAGGCACCCAGAAAAGUGUGUGUGCAAAGAAAAGGUGCUUGGGAGUGUCACUGACUUCUGCCAAAUGAAAUAUGCUUAUGUAAUAAAAGCAAGAAUCCUCUCAGCUCAUGACAAAGGGACUCAUGCAGAAGUUGUUGUGAAAGUGAAGAAGGUCCUGAAAUCAGGCAAAGUGAAAAUUGCUCGGAGCAACAGAAGCAUUUACCCAGAAUCCUGGACCAACAGGGGAUGUACAUGUCCCAUUCUCAAUCCUGGUACUGACUAUCUUAUAGCAGGCCAGGAGGACUCUAGGACAAGCAAACUCCUUGUGAACAUGAACAGCCUGGUGAAACCCUGGAAAGCAUAUUUGGGAAAACAAGUAUCAGAUAUUCUUCGAACUGAGUGCAAAUAAUUUCUGCUUUGGAAGUUACAGUGCUGAACUUUGCCUUUUAGUAACACUGCAGUGAAAGGUGUAGUUAGUUCAUGCAUUCCCAUUCAACACGCUCCUAGCUGAAGUGAUGAAAGGAGACUUGCCAUCCUUUCUCCUUCCACGUGCUUAGACAGGAAAAUUGGGACUCGACUACUUUUUUUUCAGAAAAUGCACAGCCUUAUCAUACAAAAUUAAGUAGUGCAUCACACAUAGGUUACAAGUCAGUUCUUAAUUUGAUCCUGAUUCCAUGCAGCCAGAGAAUAAUUUUACAAGGCAAAACUAAAUAUAUGGAUUAGCAUUUCCAUACUUCAGGUCAGAGCCUGAUAUUAAUAUGUAUAAGCUGCUUACAUAAUGCAUUCUUUACUUGGGUGUAGGUUUUUUUAUAAGUGACCACUAACAGGCAGCAGUUUCUUCCAGCUUUACAAGUGGCAUAAUAUUAAACAAGCAUGUUGAAUAAUACUUAUUUAAAAGAGCUCAGAUUGAUUUAACGUCAGACUGCAAUUAUGCCAAUGUAGCAUGUUGCUUUCUAGAAGGCAGCAUUAUCCCAAACUAACGUGAUUUAUCUCACAACACGGUCCUUUAUAGAUGUACACUUCUACAAUCAACGCUUAGUGCUGAGAUCUGCCACAGAAAGCACCUUGGCUCAAACCUGAAUCCAAAUCCUCCCCUUGCUCCUGACGUACUUUUGCUCUUUGCUGUGUUGCUUUAGUCUGUAACACCACAAAAGUUUCACAGCGAUUACCACUAAAAAGCCUUAUGUUAGGAAGGAGCCAAAACAUGUGAGGAACUAGUAACUGCUGUAACACUGAGAUUGUUAACACUACAAAAGCUACAGGGCAGAAGCAGGAGGAGGUAAAUGGAUUGGCUGGACUGAGUAUUCAAUGAGGUAUCUAUAGUUACUGUGAGAGCAACCUGGCUAUUCAAACUGUGCUGAAGUCCUGUGGCAUUUCAUUGCACUUUGCGCUUUCAUUCUGCUUUAUUUCUCUUGGUCACACUUCAAGUUAAGAUACUGAAGCUAGGCUCCCUUCCCAUUGUGCCUGGGGAUCAUUUUCCCCUCCACAGAAGUAUAGGAGUGGUAACAUCUUCACUCUAGGUAAGAAUUGUUCUGUUCUGCAAAAACAUUCUUUCUAAAUCAAUCUUACCCUACCCUAUAGUAAUUAACAGGUAGCUACUUAAAUCAUCCCCUAACAAUAUUUUGAGGAAACUGUAGUUUAAGACCUGUCCCCUGUUUAAGGACUCACAAUCAAAUGAAGCUGGUUGCAGUAUAUUUCCUCAUCAAGUAAAGCAGAAAUUAUAAUGAGUCAGUCUAUUUUUUUCAGGGGGCUCCAGAGAAAAAUAUGAAAUAUGCUACUUUUGCAUAUUUCUAUUUCAUGUCUAUAUUUUUUAAUGCUCUCAGGAUAGAGGAGAUAUCUUCAUUUAGCAUUGUGUGAGCAGCACAUAGGGUACCUAGAAAAGCCUAAUAUUAAUGCAGAAGGAUGGAAACCAUAGUCCACAACUUAGGCCAUUGGUUUGAUAUUUUUAUGACUGGGAACCUGAAAAAAACAGCUUCUUCCAUUCUAUUUGUUGCUGUUUUCCUUUUAACUUCACAUUGGUUGAACAGCAGAAGAAUCCUCACCUCAUUUGGAAACAGAUGACAGGCAGGUAUUUACAAAAUAAAAGCCCCACUUUUCUCCCAACAUUGCAUAAACAGUGUUUCUUCCUCCCCCGUUUUCAGAGUCUCCCCUCUUCCAUUGCCAUUGCUUUCCCUCUUUCACGUCAUUAUUUAUUUGUUGUUACCUCCUCUGGUAUCCAACAAUGUGGCAUCUCCAACAAGCCAUUUAAUUAAUGUAAUAAAACACUUUUUUAACUAAGGAAUUUGGCUUCAUUUGAAAUGUCAGCUUACAGAAAUUAAGAGCUUAGCAACUGAUUUCUUUACUGUGUCCAGAAAUCGUCUCACAACAAAAAGACUGACUAGUUCUCUUUCAUGUUUUGAUAAAAAUAAAGAUGUGUACAUGAAUUUACAGUCUGUUCUCAAAGGGCCUCUCAGAAUAAAUGAAAAUCAAUGUAGGUUUAGAACUAAGCUAAGGAACACACUUUUCAACACAGGCCAUUAUACCUGCAGGGGGUCUUAUUUAACAAUGAUGGUAUUACAUUUUGGUUUAUAGUCAGUACCAUAUUAAAGCAAACUCCCAUAUUCCACUUUUUGUGCCAGAUUGGUGAUUUUGUGGCAGGGUAAAUGUAUGCAUAGUUCCCUUCUGUGGCUGAAAGUUAUUUUUUAACAAGGUAAUUUACAAGCAUUUCUAGCGACUACUGGUAGAAAUACUAUUUGGAACAAGAAUAUUGAUAUCCUGAUGUGUUCUCUUGGGGCCUACUAUAAUACAGUGAUUAAAAAAUACCAAAUGCAAACAGGGUUGUAUGCAAACAAGAUAAUCAGUACAUCACACAUUUAAGAUCUCAAAAGGAGUGAUACCUACACACACUUUAGAGAGAAGUGUAAAGUCAGUAGGGGAACACAAAAUCAAUCAUCUAAUUUCUUCUCCUAGUUUCCCAUUCUUUUUAAUCUUUAAUUUACUUGCAUGUUCCUAUACAGCUAAAUCUACUUAAUUUCCUCCAUUAAGUAGAAAAAUUGCAUAUUUUGUUCCAGCUACAAGCUCUUGUUUAAUGGUUUUGCUAAACAGAAUAACAGGUAUUCCAUAAGCAUUUAAUUUAAUUUGAAAGUAAAAAUGAAAGCAUGUUAGGGUGAGUCGACACUGCAAGUUGACAUUUUAUUGGUAUUAUUACUUCUGCUAAUCAGGUAUCUAUCUCUGAGAAUAAAAUUCCAACUCACACAGAGCUACCACGUGCAAUCUCUUUGUUCAGCAGUGCUAGAAUCCAGGUAGCAUUUAAGUGUCCAAAUAGAAGUGAACUGCAUAGAUCAAGUUAGAACUGUUAUUGAUUCAAGAAGAGAUGAGAAAGUUUAAAUUGAUCACCAUGAGACUUCAGAAAGGAAAAAAGAUAUUUUCUUGUGUACUGCUACCUGAAAUGAAGAUGAGCAUGAGAGCACAGGAUGACAACUGUCCUCCUAGUAGCAGCAAGCAAGGUAAUACAUAAUAAAUUCAAAGAACUACCACAGAAUAUGUAGUACCCCUGGACCAAAAAAAAAAGAAUUGUUUUGUAGGCCUGUGUACAAUAUCACAUCUCUUGUAAUCCUCACUGUGCCUGUGUGCCUUAGGUGACACAGUAAUACAAAAACUACUAACAUGGAAAAAAUGAUUAAUUUGACCAAUAUAAAAACGGCUGGACAGUUUUUCAGUACAUCUGAAAUAGGACCCAUCUUUAACAUUGCUACACGAACAACGCCACAGCACCCUAAUGGGCAGAGUGUCUCACAACCACAUACUGAACGGUAGCAAUGAAGUGUCACUUGCAAAUCCUUCAUAAGGAUGAAAUAAAAGCCUCUACUCACAAGAAAAGUGUGGAAAGCUGAAGAAAAUAUCUAAUAGGAAAAUGUAUAAUAGGGCAGGUGAUAGCUGGAAGCAGAAGCACAUGUAACUUCCCACAGACAGCAGCAAACUCAGUAUUGCUGGAGGUCAAGUAGCUCUCUGUAGCAGCUGUGCAGCACAUGUAUCUAUGAAUACAUGAUCAUUCUGGCACCAUUGACCCUUAAAGCAUCAAAGUAGUUCAUUAAAUGGCCAUUGUGAGUGCUGAGCCCUAACUCCAAUGUACUGACAUUGCUGCUAAUGCUUCUCCAGCUUCUGCUCCUGGCAAGCAGCUAAGGAGGAAAAUAUACCUAGACAAAACCUUUGUGCACCUUCCGAGUGGCUCACUGCCAUAAAGAAUUAGCUUUGUCCGUAAUAUUUACGUCUCUCAAUUUUUCCAGGCUGCUUGAUGUAAGCUUUCUUUAAAUUGAUAUAAUUCACAUGAUGAGCUCCCACAAGCUCCCCAGAUGUGGAAAAGUCAGUGUGUUGUGUUGUAG